AUGAAUCGCUCAGCAAGUGGACAGCAACCACUGCGUCAAAUGACGGGCAACGUUUUCCAGACACAACCGAGCGCGACUCGCACCACGCCGCUCGCAUCGCAAAGAGGGGGACAGACGGCAAAGCUAGGUGCAGGGAACUCCAGUUGGGCUUUCGGUAUGCCCAUGGGAACGGCAGGAGCACCUGGACUCAGCAACAGCAGCACGACGCGCACACCUCUUGCCGGUUUUGCUCAAGCCAUAGGUGGCUCGGCUUCGCAAGCUCCUCUUGAUCUCUCCAUGAAUCCAGGGAGAGGUAUCGAAAGAGGCAGAGGAAGAGGCAGGGGAAGGAAGAGAUAUAUGAGUCUCAACCUCGAAAACGACCAUGUCUACAACUCGAACGUGCUCGGCAUCAGACCCGAUCGCCGCACCACAUCGGGCCACUAUCUCGGGCAAUCUCAGGCUGACAACGACGACAACAGAGACUUCCCCUCGCUCGGCCCGCAACCGCACCAGGCCAACAACGUUGCACAAGCGUGGAACAGCACCGCUCUGCGCACUCCUCAGCAGGCUCCCGCUCAGCAGCGUGCCGUAUCUCAGCAACAACAGCAACCACCGCCGCAGCAACAGCAACAGCAGCAGCAGUCGCAGCAACCCACCCAGCCUCAGGUGCAGCAACAGCAACAGCAACAACAGUCGCGUUCUGUGUCUGCACAAACCCACGAGUCGCAACAGCAGGAGGCAUCAAGUCUCGAGAGUCAGUACGACGGUCAAUCGCCCACAUCUGGUCGCGCUGGCAGCGAACAGCCUCAAGACGAAUUCCCUCCUCUAAAUAACCAGCCUCAGAUGCAAAUGAAUGCCCGUGUCAACGGCUACGGCCACGAGGACGCCGCUUUUGGCUCAGAAUCAUCACGCCCCACAAGGCCCGCCGCUCCACCAGGCAUCGAACACCAAUUUGGCUUGCAACAGCCACCCAUCGGCCAGUCCAGUACGCCGCAACAGCCGUCUCAGCACUCCAACUUCGCUCCUCAGAUGGUCGACGCCCCCAUUACCAACCAAGCAGCACCACAGCAGCUGAAGCCUUAUGAUGAGAUGAGUGAAGCCGAGAAGUGGGGUCUGCCAGGCCUUCUGGCCAAGAUUCGCAGUAAUGAUGCUGGUUCCGCCUUCACUAUGGGUGUUGACAUCAACUCGCUCGGUCUUGAUCUUGACAGCCCGGAGCCAUUGUUCGCUACCUUCUCGACACCCUUUGCCGACAACAGAUCGCGGCCCGUCAUCCCUGAGUUCACGUUGCCCGGCGGCUACACAGUCACCAACGUUCCAUCACUAGCUUCCCGCAUGCCCGCCUUUUCGGACGAAACACUUUUCUUCGUCUUUUACCAAAACCCUAGAGAUGUUGUUCAGGAACUGGCAGCCGGCGAGCUGUACAGCCGCGACUGGCGCUGGCACAAGGAGUUGCAGCAGUGGAUGAUGAAGGAUGCACAGAUGGCGGCACCGCUCCGUGUCAGUGAACGCAGCGAACGCGGUGUCUACAUCUUCUUCGACGCUAACAACUGGAGACGCGAACGCAGAGAUGUUCUGGCCGCCGCCUCAACUUCCGAAGCUCGUUCUUCUGACAUCAAUGCUCGCGCCUCCUCCAACUCUUACAUCCUUCGCCUUGAGAACACUCCUGCCUCGACUCAGCCUCAUUCAGCCGUGUCUUCUAUGCCUCGUCCUCCUCCAGCCUUGUUGUCCUCACCGUCUAUCAACUAUGCUCCGUCAAGCACAUCGUCAGUCACCGAUCUUUACACCUCUUCAUCCUACUCGACCCCUACGCAUCGUCCUGGCCCUCUUCCUAUGUACCCUCCUGGUCUCCGUGCCAGCACCCCAGUUCCUCGCACUCGUGCCCCUAGAACUCCUCAUGCUGUAACCAAUCCUCCGCGCCCUGCAUUACCUACUCCAUCGCCUAGGACUUACAAAGGCUAUGCGUUUGGCCACCUCGCCAUCCCUUACAUGCUGGACGAGAUGAAGAGAAAGGAUGCUGCAAGAAACAGCGAUAAUGGUCCCACCUACUGA